AGAUUCGAUUCGAACGUUCCCGUAGAGUCACCGGAAACGGUGAUAAGGACAGCGCCUCAGGUGCGUAACUACGCACCUGAAUGCCAGCGCGGCCGGUCAAGCAGACCUCGCCCAGGAGGUGCUGCCGCCCUUUAUCCAUAUGAGGCUGUCGCCUCAACAAUUAGAAUCCUUCUUUUUUUGAUGUGAAACAUCUAUAGGCGGACCCCUAAACUGAAUCGUUAGCGUGGCGAAACUUGCCGUGGCGAGCAUUCGCCAGGCUAUACUAAGGUAUGCCUAUCUAUAUUCUGUGUAAUAGAGUGGACGGUGUGCGGAUGGGCCGCCACGCUAUACUGAGGUAUACCUAUAUAUAUUAUGUGUAGUAGAGUGUACGGUGUGGCUUCUCACGCAGUUCCACGUGGUUCUUUAUACGGUACAGAUAACCUGUGUUUUAUGUAAUUUUUUAUUUCAAUUUUUGAAAAUAAAAUAUGUGUGAUAGUGAUAACUUAGAAGAUCAAAGUGAUCAACCGUGUGCAAAGAAAGAGAAACUAGACUAUGGCAUACUACCAAGUCAUCAUUCUCAACAAUCUGCACAGGCAUCACAAAAUAUUAUUAUUGAAACUGGACGCCAUCCUGAUCAGUUGAACACAAGGCAUACCAUCAAUGUUGUGUAAGACUUUACUAAUCGAAUAGUACGAGACUAUUUUAAUUUUUGAUGUGAAACAUCUAUAGGCGCACUCCUAAACCGAAUCGUUGGCGUGGCGAUACUUGCCGUGGCGAGCAAUCGCCACGCUAUACUAAGGUAUGCCUAUCUAUAUUCUGUGUAGUAGAGUGUACGGUGUGGCUUCUCACUCAGUUCGACGUUGUUGUUUACUAGGGUACACAUAACCUGCGUUUUAUUUAAUUUUUCAUUUUAAUUUUUGACAAUAAAAUAUGUGUGACAGUGAUAACUCAGAAGAUCAAACUGAUCAAACUUGUGCAAAGAAAGUGAAACUACACUAUGGUAUACUACCAAGUCAUCAUUCCCAACAAUCAUCGCAGGGAUCACAACAUAUUCUUAUUGAAACUGGACGCCACCCUGAUCAUUCAAACACAAGGCAUACUAUCAAUCUUGUAACAACAAUAGAUGCUGUAUUUGUGAGAUAUCUUGAUGAUGUUCCGUCCAAUAUUUUUGUAAUGUACUUUAGUUAUCAUCGACCAAUCGUCACAGUAAUACCGGCAGAGGAAACAUCAAAUAUAACUAUUACUGAAAUCACGAAUGAAAAUAUUUAAAUUGUGGCCACUUGAUAUUAAUAUCGAACUUUUAUAUCACAUGUAAAUAAAUGUUUAUUAAAUAAAGUUACCAUUUUCUGUAAGAAAUUCGUAAUACUUCAUUUUUCCAUUAGGCUAUAUUUAAUUCCUGUAAUAAUAUCAUCUUAUAUGCAUAUUACUUGUACACACAUGAUGUUUCACA